AUGGUGGUUUUAACCUCCAUAAUUGUUAGUCUUGUUGUCCUACAAGGAUUUGUUGCACAUACCAAAACUAUUCUACCUGAAGCAAUAACCUAUGCAGUUGCCAAUUCCUUCAACAACACUGCUAAUUUGGUUCAUGUGGUCAUUGAAACUAGUCAUGAUAAUAACACCUUAGAUUUCCUGGAUGCACUUGACAAUCUUCUGGGGUUUAAUGUUUGGUCCUUCCGAUUACAAAUUGAUAUUAACAACAAAAAUUGCAGGCCUGCAAGUGACCACAAUCUUUGGUUUAUCGAUUCCUACAAAGCUUUUCGGCGGCUUUUUCCACUCAUCGAGAAUUACUUCAGAGACUCGCAGCUUUUCUUUCUCAUUGUUUUGAAAUGCUCGAAAUCUAUUCAAGGACAAUUAAUUGUGAUGGAGAAAAUCUUUUCAGAUUUUCUAAGACUGAUGAUAGCGAACGUAAACCUUUUGAUUGAAACAGCUUCAGGGGAAGUUUCGUUUUACACCUUCUAUCCAUUUCAAGAAUACGCAUGUCGAUCAGCAAAACCAUUUAAAAUGUACACUUCAUACCAAAAUAGUUUACGGAAUAGCAAUAUUUUACUAUUUCCAACCAAAGCCAAUAAUCUGUAUGAAUGUUCCCUUCGAUUGAAAACCAGAAACCGUAUUAUGCUGAAUUCGGGAAAGUAUGAAGUCUUUGGUUUGGAAGCUAUGAUCGCACAUGAGUUGGCGUCUAGAAUGAAUUUUUCUUAUGAAAUUAUCAGACGUUUCGAUAAAGGACAUUUUUUACCGAAUGAGAAUUCUAGUGAACCCCAUUACGCGCUGAAAAACGGAGAAAUUGAUUUGGUUUUCGGUAUAUACACGAAUAACGUCGUUAUUAACCAUUUUCUUUCAAAAAGCGUGAUGUAUUUAAUGUCUCACACCGUGAUUGCUUUUCGAAAUCAACCUGAGCCUUUCAAUAGCUAUGAUUGGCUUCUAUUUCCGUUUGAUUUUAGGACUUGGCUCUUCACAUUAUUGUCCUUGGUUGUUAUCAGUGGUGGCAUAUUUUGUGUUAAGAAAAAUCAACUUCUCCUGAAUGUGAUGCAGCUUGAGUAUGUGGGACUUCUGGAAAUAUUGUCACUAUCUAUUGGAUCAACUGUUGAACACUUGCCAAGGAAAAGUUGCCUACGGUUUGUUUUCAUUGUAUUCAGCUUUGGAACUUUGAUACUGCGGACGGCCUAUUUGGGUAAACUUUUUGACGCAUAUCGAGGAAUGACGAUGGAAAAACAAGAUCGCGAUUUUAACCAAUUAUUAGCUGAAAACUACACAAUUUUUUCGCAUUCCUACUAUGCAGCAUUUAUAAGUGAGCUAAAGACGAAAAGAGGAAAUACUCGUUAUGUAACGCUAGGUGCUCUAGAGAACUUGAGAACACACAGCAAAACUGUUAGGAAAUAUGCAAUUUUUACAACGUUUUUAGAAUUUUACAGUGCCUUUUUUCAAGAGAAUCAUAAUGAUUGGAUUUUUAAGAUUGUUUUUGCAGAACAAAUUAGCAUGUACUUCCCACAACAUUCAAUUCUAGUGCCAAGAAUAAAUGAAAUUAUUGAAAGAUUGGAAGAAUCAGGAAUUUCACAUCAAAUAAGGAAAAAUUAUGACAUCAUACAUUAUUAUGGCUCUGCUGGAGGAAAAUAUGGAGGCAAAUCUUCAACCAGUCACGAUAUGGCGUUAAAUUUUGAACGUUUUUCUUUUACAUUUUACUUGUUUAUUGCAAUGGAUGCAUUUGCAUGUUUUGUGUUCAUUAUAGAAGUUCUUUUGAAAAGUGAUUUUUUUAAAAUAACUAAACUAAGCUAAACUAUGAAAUCAUCUUUUUGUUCCAAAAUUCAAAAUAUUAAUUCUUGUACGUAUCAUUACAAAAUUAAUUUUUCGUCGCAACUUUUUGUUCUUACAAAAAUGUAAGGUAUUAAUUCUUUCAAUUUUAGAAAUAGUUAAAAAACAAUUCACACAAUUAAUGAAUAAUAAUUGGCAUAAAUCCUUUCGUAUUGUUGUUGUAUUUUGAGUUUUUUUAAUACAUACUUUGGCAUAGGUAGUUCCAAAGACUUACCGAGCUUACGCGAAAUUGUCGCAGCAUGCCGUUAAGAAUGAACAUCGAGGAUAAAUUGAUGGGAGAGAUCUAUCUGAGCAAUUCUUAUUUUGUCAAAACAAUGUUACUGUUGAUGUUUCAACAUGGAGAGCAAGAUCGAAAAUCAAAAGCUUAAUUAAUUUUUGCAAAGACACAUUCAAGAAUCGAAAUCGAGAUGGUCUGCCGUAUUUUCUUAAUGGUUCGUUGAAGGCAUACUUCAUGCUAUGGGCGUUUUCAACUUAUUCAAGUGUUUGAUUUCCAAUGUUAUAGUUGUAGUCAAACGAAAAUUGGUGGCGAAUAAAUGAAAGUGAUUGACAUUUGGGAAUGUUAAGAUUUAAUUGAUUCUUACACCAGUCAGAUAGUCUUUUGAUUUCAUUUUGCAAAAGAUCCCAAUCGCUUGUAAUUUGUAUUUGUCUAAAAAAUUUCAGAUA